UAAAUCUCUUAUCAGUGUUUGACAAGAUUUGAAAAGACCAAGAAUAUUUUUAUAUUCUUUUAAACGCGGUAAUUGCGUGACAGAAUAAAACUCCAUAUACGCAAGCAAGUCAAUGUUUCAGACCCAAAAUACAAGGUAACAAAAUACAAGGUAACAAAGUAAUAAUCUACUCGAUGGCUACUUACCUCUGCCUCUGCCUGCUCGCAGCUUCCUCUUCUUCCACCAUUGCACAGGGUGUUGAGCAGAAUACCAGUUUCGUCUUCAACCAGUUCAAUACCACAAGCACAAUAAAAUAUGUUGCAGAUGCCUCCACACAAUCCAACGCAAUCCUCCUCACAAAUCACUCUGAGCGCGUCAUUGGGCGUGCCUAUUUUGACAAGGCCAUCCCCAUAAAAAGAAACGGCUCCGUAAUCUCAUUCAGCACAAGCUUCAUAUUCGCUAUGGUUCCGCACCCGCGCUCGGCCGGUGGCAACGGGCUCUGCUUCAUCAUGACGCCGACCACCGCUCUCAACGGUGCCAUCGCCAAUCAGUACUUUGGCCUCGUCAAUUUCUCCAGCGACGGCAAAGACUACAACCAUCUUUUUGCUGUAGAGUUCGACACGAUUGAGAGCGUAGGCGUGGAGGAUAAGGACAGCAACCAUGUCGGAAUCGAUCUCAACGGCGUCAAAUCGUUAUUGGCACAACCUGCUGGAAUUUGGGAAGGGAACAGUUUGACGCCCAUUAAUCUCAAGAGUGGACAUAACAUAAGGGCCUGGAUCGACUACGACGGCGAGUUCAAGAAGCUGGAGAUAAGCAUUGCAGCGGUCGGAGAGGCGAGGCCGGAAAAGGCCCUUCUGUCGAAGAAAGAACUGGAUUUGGAUGGGAUUAUGCAAGACCAGAUGUACGUGGGAUUUUCAGCGUCUACAGGUAAUUCUCCUGUACUUGAAGACAAUUACAUUCUGGCAUGGAGCUUUGCAACUGACAACAAGAAGGCACUGGAUCUAGACAUCUUGCAUCUCCCUUCCUUUUAUGUCAAAAUCCCUAAAUUCUACCAUUCUGCAAAGUUCAUAUCCAUUACUACAGUAUUUUUAGCAGCUCUCACCUUGGCACUCAUUUUAAGCUCAUUUUAUUGGCUCAAACGAAUCAACUACAUAGAAUCAUAUGAAAAAUGGGAACUGCAGUAUUGGCCACACAGAUUUGGUUUCCGAGAACUCAGUCUCGCCACAAAGGGCUUCAGGGACGACAAUCUUCUGGGCUAUGGGGGUUUUGGGCGCGUAUACAGGGGCACUCUGCCCUCCGGCCAUAAAGUCGCAGUGAAAUGCAUCUUGAAAGACUGCACAGAAGGAAUGAAGGAAUUCGUUGCAGAAAUCUCCAGCCUUGGGCGGCUGCAGCACCGGAACCUGGUACCUAUCAUGGGGUGGUGCAGAAAAAACAAGCAACUUUUCAUCGUCUACGACUACAUGUCCAACGGAAGCCUUGACAGCAAUCUGUUCAGUCCAGAAUUGAAUCUUACAUGGCCUCAGAGAUACAAAAUUCUCACAGAUGUAGCCGUCGGGCUGCUCUACUUACACGAGCAUUGGGAAAAAUGUGUGGUACACAGAGACAUUAAAUCCAGCAAUGUGUUAUUGGACCAUGAUCAGAACGGCCGACUGGGGGACUUUGGGCUGGCAAGAUUAUAUGACCACAGUGAAAAACCCCAAACUACUCAUGUGGUAGGCACGCUGGGGUACAUUGCACCUGAACUUAUACAUUCUGGUAAGGCUUCUCCUUCCACAGAUGUGUUCAGCUUUGGGGCUCUUAUGCUGGAGGUUGCCUGCGGAAGGAAGCCUGUAGAUGCCCAAGGUCUGAUUUUGGUUCAGUGGGUUUGGGAUUUAUAUGCAAAUAAGAGGCUACUGGAUGCUGUAGAUCAGAGGCUUGGGGGAAAUUUUGAUAAUGGCGAGGCUGAGAUUGUGCUUGUAUUGGGGCUUGUGUGUUCAAACCCUAACCCACAGGAGAGGCCUAGCAUAAAACAGGUGUUGCAGAUUCUUUGCGGUGAGGCUGCUUUGCCUUUGGAUCUUCAUGUACCCUCGACUUUGAACAAUGUGGAUCGCAUUUUGUAAAGACAUCUACUACUUGCUAUGCUGAAUUUGACAUGUUUGACCUCCAUGAGACGCUACAGUAAAAAAGACAGACUUGUAAUAUACUAGGCCUCUGUUAAAACUAUAUAACUAGCAGGGCGGUUAAAAGUCCUUCCUACAGGCUAAAUCCUUUCUUUGUAUUCGGUUUUUGAAAAAGAUGGAAAACAUGCAAUUAAAUCUACUCUAGUGACUGGAUUUUGUCAUAGGAUUGUCUUGUACAGUAGCAAAUAUGCAAGUAUUUAGUUGAUUAUAAUGUGAAAAAGAA